AUGGAUCCCGAAAUUCACUUGGUCGCCUCGAUCGACUCGCCCGAGUUCACUCUCCUGACUCAGUCCCUAACUCAAUCCUCACUCAUCGGACUCGACGCCGAGUGGAAGCCCAUUCGCACCCAGCAGUCCUCUUUUCCCACCGUGUCCCUCCUCCAACUCGCGUGCCAACUCGGUCCUCGACUCGGUCCCGACUCGGCUAAGUCCCUGGUUUUUCUACUCGACCUCUCGGCGAUUUCUCUUUCCUCGAUCUACGAGCUGCUGAGAGACGUGUUCGUUUCACCCGAUGUUUUGAAAUUAGGGUUUCGGUUUAAGCAGGAUUUGAUUUAUUUGUCUUCCACCUUUUGCUCUCAAGGUUGUGAUCCCGGAUUUGAUAGGGUGGAACCCUUUUUAGAUAUCACAAGCAUAUACAAUUAUCUGCAACAUAAGAGCCUGGGAAGAAGGAUACCAAAGGAAACCAAGAGCUUGGCUUCUAUCUGCAAAGAGUUGUUGGGCAUUUCUCUCUCAAAGGAACUUCAAUGUAGUGAUUGGUCACACCGUCCACUUACAGAAGAGCAGAAAACAUAUGCAGCUACAGAUGCACACUGCUUGCUUGAAAUAUUCAACAUCUUCCACUUCAAAGUUGCUGAAAAAGGAAAUUCUUUUUGUAGUGCCACUGAACAGCGUUUCUCAAAUGUGGAUUGCGGGUUGAAACAGAUUCUUGAGAAUCCUGAUAUUUGUCAUAAACUUCUGAGGAGCAAGUUUUUUGAUGCUGUAGAUAUAGUUCGAGCUACUACAUCUGAAUUUCCUCAGAGAAAAGCUACUUUAGAGGAAGUUGUUUCAUGGUCAUCAUGCAGAAAUACCAUCCCUAUGGAUGAUUCCCUCUUUAGCAUUGUUAGGAAAUAUGGUGAAAGAAUUUUGUUGAAGGAAUCUGACAGAAAGCCUAAAACCAAGAAGAAAGGGAAAAAACAAUCUUCAGCAGUUUGCAAAGAGAAGCAAAUAGAAAUUUUUGAUGAGUGGUGUAGCCCCCCACCAUGGGAUUUGACCUUGGGGGGAGAUGGAUGCCCUAAGUUUCUAUGUGAUGUGAUGGUGGAAGGCUUAGCAAAGCAUUUACGAUGUGUUGGGAUAGAUGCUGCAAUACCAUAUUCAAAAAAACCUGAAUCUAGGGAGUUAAUUGAUCAAGCACGGAAAGAGAAUAGGGUGCUCUUGACGCGAGAUUCCAAGCUACUGAGACAUGAGUAUUUGAUAAAAAAUCAAAUAUAUAGGGUGAAGAAUCUUCUCAAAAAUGAACAGCUACUUGAGGUAAUCGAAACAUUCCAAUUGAAAAUUUGCGAGGAUCAGCUAAUGUCAAGGUGCACCAAAUGCAAUGGGAGGUUUAUCCAAAAGCCGCUAACAGCAGAAGAGGCUAGUGAAGCUGCAAAAGGUUUCCAAGUAAUUCCCAACUGCUUGUUUGACUCAAAUCUAGAAUUUUGGCAGUGCAUGGACUGCAACCAACUUUACUGGGAGGGAACCCAAUAUCACAACGCAGUUCAGAAGUUCAUCAACGUCUGCAAGUUGAAUGAGUGAAUGAUACUCGGCACAUAGUUGAUUCUGAUGUCAGAGUUGAUGUUCCAACCACAACUAUGUCUGAACAACUCCGAAUUUUUGCCACAGUAAGUCUAGAUUAGAUUAAUUUUUGCUAUUAAACUAAGAAGAUUGAUGCGAAUAAUGAGACUCAUUAGGGUUUUUGCUUCAAUUGUUUAAUGUAGGUGUCAAAUUGCUGUUUGACUAAUAAUAUGUUAUUCUGAUUUUUUGAGCUGGGUUAUCAAAGCACUAACAUAUUAUAUCA